AUGACCGCAAAUACAUGUGGGUCUAUAACGCAGUCUGCUGGGUUGUCAUGUUUCACCCAUCUACUUCCUUCCGUGUUCGUCAUGUUUUUCUGAUAGCCCAUCUGCAAUGCCUUCAAAAAUUCAAAAGAAGAGGAGUGCAGUGCGAUGCAACCAGGUAAGUAUUGUUGAAUAAAAAAAUUUCCAUUGUCCAGCAGCUCCGUCUAUUCCUGUUGACCUCCUAGGGCGCUUUCAAUCAAGAAAAAAAAACUAUUCCAUUGCAAAGCUCUUUUUCUUUCUGGACUCUUGGCUAUACUUGACGAUAGUGUCCAAAGCUGCCCUUGCCUAGUAGGCAGUAGCGCUGGAAAGAGGAAAUGCCAAAGCCUGCCAGUCGAGGGGUAAAUUAGGAACAACUAGAGUCUGGCAAGGACCAAAGUGCAAAAACAUCCAUUAACUGAAAAUAACUUCCUUCCACUGGCCACACGAAAACCAAUUGCCAGUUGCCACUCAGAUUCCGGGUCGUCACAGAAAAGGCAAGGAUUUAUUCAGACCAAGUGAUCUCUUCUCCAUGCCUCGUAACACAAAUCCAUCCGAUGAUGAAAAUAUCAAUCCUACCGCGGUAUUUCCCCGAGCCAACCAUUUUGUUCUUCAUAUUCUUCUCAGACUCCAAUUCUUGCUGUUUUCGUUGAAAUAUUUCCUCUUGAAACAUCCAUUUCCUAACGUCUUGUAACAACAUUGUCUUGAGUUACAUGCUCGAUUUGUUUGUUCUAAUUCCUCCCCAUUUUAAUUUGCCCUGCUCUUGCCCUGGAUGGGAAUGCUCUUGCCCUGUUCUUGCAUUUUGAUCUGGUUUCAAGAUUCAUUGAGAGAUUUACUGAAAGCGUAUAAUGCCAGAUCUUGUAUUCCUCUUGGGUUCUAUCUCAUGCAUGCAACACUCAUCGUGUGUUUAGGUAGGGUGUUCAUGCAGCAUCAUACCACUGCCAGCCUGAUCAUCUGCAAUGCCUUUCAGAAUGCAGCAUUUGCAACAACGUCAGCUUCCGUGCCGUCCAGGAAAUCAUGGCUCCCGGCAGGCUUCGGAGGAAGUGGCAAGCAUGGUGCCACGAUCGACAUUCCCCUCGAUUGCAUGCAGGAUCCAAAGAAGAAGGAGAGAGAGCUGUUGUCAUGGGAGCAGGAUUUGAAGCGGCGGGAACAGGAUAUCAAACGAAGGGAGGAUGCAAUGAACAGAGCCGGUGUCACCGUGGAAGUGAGAAAUUGGCCACAGUUCUAUCCCAUCAUACAUCAUGACAUAGCCAAUGAAAUACCAAUCCAUGCUCAGAAGCUACAAUACACGGCAUUUGCUAGUUGGCUAGGCCUGAUUGCAUGUCUCGUUUGGAACUUUUUCGCCGUCUUAGUUGAGUCAAUUCGCAGCGAAGAUAUUGUAAGUUUCCUCCUCGCCGUAAUCUACGCGAUGUCUGGGUGUCCACUUUCAUACAUACUUUGGUACAGGCCUCUGUACCGUGCAAUGAGAACUGACAGCGUGGUAACCUUUGGCCAGUUUUUCGCCUUCUACUCGAUUCAUGUUGGGUUUUGUGUCAUUGCUGCAAUUGCUCCUCCGAUAAUAUUCAAGGAGAAAACUCUUACGGGCAUUCUUGUUGCCAUCGAAGUUUUGGCUGGAGAUAUGCUCGUCGGGGUACUUUAUUUUAUCGGCUUUGUAUUCUUUGCCUUGGAAUCUCUUAUAAGCAUCUGGGUGCUGGAGAGAGUGUACAUGUACUUCAGAGGGCACAGGUGAAGACCAGCAAAGAGGUGAUAAAAUUGUUCACAGAAGCAGUUUCUCUGAAACCGAUGUCAGAGUGUAAAACAGAAAGUUCAAGAUUGGGAAAUAAUGAAUCCGCUGUUCCCUAGUUCUUGCUGUGUCUAGGUCUAUUAUUGCUUUAAGGUUAUCUUAGAUAACACUGAUAUAGUUUACGGCUACCUCAUUAUAUUUGUCUUGUAUUAGUUUUUCUCUCUCAAAAGUAUCAGUUGCAGAGUUGUACAGAGGAAAUGUUAUGGUCAGAU